AUGAAUGAGGACGAGGCCAUCCAGAACAUCACCAAGAAGAUCGAGCGCGAAAAGGCUCUGAUCAACGCCGCCAAUGCCAUGCGUUCGCAGACCAACAACGAGGCGGUGCGCUCGCGCCUCGACUCCCAGAUGCGCGACGGCCGCCGCAACCUGCAGUUCUUUGAGGAGAAGCUGCGGGACAUCCAGCUGCGCAAGGUCGGCCAGGGCGUCGAGGGCAUGUCUCUUGGCGCCGACGACGCCGGCCGGCCUCCUCCGCCGCCCAAGGACGCCUCGUCGGCGGCGUGGGGAGACCAGGCCGCCUACGGCCAGCAGAGCCAGGUCGGGCCGCCCUCGGAUCUGGCACCGCCUCGUCACAACUUUGGGGCCCCCGGCCCUGGAGCUGCCUCCAAGGCUCGUCCCAACUUCACCAAGCUAGACCUGAUCAAGUAUGAUACCCCCUACCUCGGCCCUCGAAUUCAGCACAUGCUCUCGCAGAUCCAGUUCAAGCUCAAUGUCGAGGAGCAGUAUCUCAAGGGUGUUGAGAAAAUGGUGCAGCUCUACGGCAUGGAGGGCGAUCGGAAGAGCAAGGCCGAUGCAGCUGCUCGUAGGGUUGAGAGCAAGCAGAAAAUCCUUCUCUUGAAGCAGGCAUUGAAGAGAUAUGAAGAACUGCACGUUGACAUGGACUCGGCUGAUGCCCAGGAUGACGACUCAAUCAACACUCCCAACCUCCGCAAGCCCUUGAGCGGCCAGCUCUCCAUUCGUGUCGUGGCCAUCAAGGACGUGGAUCAUGCCACCACCGGCCGAUUCGCUCGUGGCCCCGAGACAUUCGUCGCCGUUAAGGUCGAAGACACUGUCAUGGCCCGGACCAAGGUGUCGAGGAAUGAUCGCUGGGAGGCAGAAUAUCACAACAUGGAGGUGGACAAGGCCAACGAGAUUGAGCUCACAAUCUACGAUAAGCCUGGCGAACACCCCAUGCCCAUUGCCAUGCUCUGGGUCCGGAUAUCCGACAUCGUCGAGGAGAUGCGCCGCAAGAGGAUCGAGGCUGAGAUGAACAGCUCUGGCUGGGUGUCUGCCGACCGGAUGGGCAGCACUGGAGCUCCCUCCCAGUUCCCGAUGAGCCCGACGUCAGGCUCUUUCGGAGGCUCGCCCCAGGCUCCCGGCGGCGGGCAGGGCCAAGCGCCAGGACCCUUUGGCGACCCGGCUCCUCAACCACAAGUCGUCACGGGUCCCAUCGACGGCUGGUUCAACCUCGAGCCCGCCGGCCAGAUUCAGCUCGAGUUCAGCUUCGUCAAGGAGAACCGAGACAAGCGCCAGGUCGAUCUCGGUCUGGGCAGAAAGGGUGCCGUUCGUCAGCGCAAGGAGGAGGUGCACGAGAUGUUCGGCCACAAGUUUGUCCAGCACCAGUUCUACAACAUCAUGCGCUGCGCCCUCUGCGGAGACUUCCUCAAGUACUCUGCGGGAAUGCAGUGCGAGGACUGCAAGUACACUUGUCACAACAAGUGCUACCCCAGCGUGGUCACCAAGUGUAUCAGCAAGAGCAACGCGGAAACGGAUCCGGACGAGGAGAAGAUCAACCACCGCAUUCCUCACAGGUUCCAGCCCUUCUCCAAUGUCACGGCCAACUGGUGCUGUCACUGCGGCUACAUACUUCCGUUUGGAAAGAAGAAUUGCAGGAAAUGCUCAGAAUGUGGCCUCACAAGUCACGCCCAGUGUGUUCACCUGGUGCCAGACUUCUGCGGCAUGUCCAUGGCCGUCGCCAACCAAAUCCUCGAAGGCAUUCGAGUCCAGAAGCAGCGGCAGCAAAAGACGACGUCGCUCUCGGAAAAGACGCUGCGAUCUGGCGCCAGCAAGAGCCCAACUACCGCCGGCCACGGGUCAUCUGCAUCCUUCUCGAGCGCCGGCGCCGGUUCGGUCCCCGGAACGCCCUCCGCAGAGGCCACAGAGGCGGCACGGCUCAUGUAUAACCAGACCUCGCCUCAGCGACCGGGGCAGCCCGGCCGUGCGCCUUCUGACCUCUCCGCCGCAGCCGCCGCGUCCGCCGCCAUGGCCGCCGCCCAGGGCCGCACCGGCUACGACAGCGGCCCGCAGGAUCCAUAUGGCCAGGGACAUUACGGCGCUGCCGGUCCGGCUCCCCAGCAUCACAAGUACAACCCGGCAGACUAUGCCAACGUGGAUCAGGGGUUCCCUGCCCAGCCGCCGGCGCAACAGCGACCUCCACAGCCGCAGCAGCAGCAGCAAGCGCCUCCUGCUCAGAUGCCCCCUCAGCAGCCGCCCCCUCAGCAGCCGCUGCCGCCGCAGCCGGGCCAGCAGUACCAGCAGCAGCAGCCUGCCGCACAGAAGCCCCAGCCCCAGCCUCCCGCGACUGCUCAGGGGGCUGCCGCCGGCCCUCCGGGUUCCCAGCGAAAGGCUCUUCCGUCCGCUACCGACCCUGGCACAGGCGCUCGUAUUGGUCUCGAUCACUUCAACUUCCUUGCUGUUCUUGGAAAAGGAAACUUUGGAAAGGUCAUGUUGGCGGAAACGAAGCGAUCUAAGCGACUAUUUGCCAUCAAGGUGCUUAAGAAGGAAUUCAUCAUUGAGAAUGACGAAGUGGAGAGCAUCAAGUCGGAGAAGCGAGUCUUCCUCAUCGCCAACCGGGAGCGACAUCCCUUCUUGACCAACCUGCACGCCUGUUUCCAGACGGAGACGCGUGUCUACUUCGUUAUGGAGUACAUUAGCGGUGGUGACCUGAUGCUUCACAUUCAGCGCGGCCAGUUUGGCACCAAGCGGGCUCAAUUCUAUGCCGCCGAAGUGUGCCUGGCUCUAAAGUAUUUCCAUGAGAACGGCGUCAUUUACCGUGACUUGAAGCUCGACAACAUCAUGUUGACGCUCGACGGCCACAUCAAGAUUGCCGACUACGGUCUUUGCAAGGAGGAUAUGUGGUACGGUUCAACGACGAGCACCUUUUGCGGUACUCCCGAAUUCAUGGCGCCAGAGAUUCUGCUGGACAAGAAGUACGGCCGCGCAGUCGAUUGGUGGGCCUUUGGUGUCUUGAUAUACCAAAUGCUUCUGCAGCAGUCUCCGUUCCGAGGUGAAGACGAAGAUGAGAUUUACGAUGCCAUUCUCGCCGACGAGCCUCUCUACCCGAUCCACAUGCCCAGGGAUUCAGUGUCCAUCCUGCAGAAGCUCCUGACGCGAGAGCCAGACCAGCGACUCGGAAGCGGCCCUACAGACGCCCAGGAAGUGAUGAGCCAGCCGUUUUUCCGCAACAUCAACUGGGACGACAUCUACCACAAGAGGGUGCAGCCGCCUUUCCUGCCCCAGAUCAAGAGCGCGACGGAUACCAGCAACUUUGACUCUGAGUUUACCAGCGUCACUCCUGUCCUCACCCCCGUCCAGUCUGUGCUUUCUCAAGCUAUGCAAGAAGAGUUCCGCGGAUUCAGCUACACGGCGGAUUUGGAUUAG